AGUGAAUCGGUAGAGGUCCUAACCUGCCCUGUCGGCCUGUUUUCACAGUCUUUCCAUCCCACCCAUAGCCUCUCCACUAAGAAACAGCGGUAUUUCAAUCCUCCAGCAGCCAACUACCCCUAAAUCUUCCCCUCAUCACACUCAACUAGGUACCACCAACAGUCGGCAGCCAACCAUUUCCACUACUAUUACACACUGGGACCACCUCAAGAAGCCAGCCACCACAGGUACUUUUCUUAGUAGGUAAUGGGAAGUACCUACCUUUCUUAACCACACCACCUAGAAGCGGUACUUGGCUUUCUACAAGAGCAUCACUACCUGGUAAGUACCUUUGAGUGUUACAUCCCCCCCCCCCAGCCCAGUCCAAACAACAGACAGAAGGAGAAGAGAAAAAAAAUACUGAGGCGCACUUUCCUGUUCCUGCCCAUUCCCUCACAUUUGACCUACCGACUUUUCUCCUCCUAUUUUCACCUCCCACUCUUCUUUUCGUCCUUCACCUCUUCACCUCACUCUCCAUCUACUCCACGACCUCCCUUCUUCCGACCCCAACUCUUCACCUCUUCACCUCACCCAACUCUCCCAGAAAACCUCACUUCCGCCUCCAUCAUCCCCCUCUUUACCUCUCCCACUCCGACUUCUCUACAUCUCCUCCACCCAAACUUCUCUAACUCUCUCCCAUAACUCCUCCUCUACCCCUCCAUCUACCAACUCCGCAAUCCACCACCCACUUCAAUCCACUACAACCAGCCCGCGCACUUGCGACCGCAUCACAUCGCGACUCCAACAAGCCAACUAUUUGGGGACUCAAGCAACAUCUCAGUUCAGUCACUGAGAAUUCGUCCUGUCGCGCCAAACAGCCGGCUUUCACAUCUUUCACAAACUCCCAUCGGCUACCUUCCUAGUCCCCACACCUUCAGCAGCAAGACCCCGCGCCUUUCUGCUUAGAAAGUUCGGAAAUCCUAAGGUUCAUUGGCUCUAACUUAUCACCUUGAACCAUAUCCGUCUCGAAUCCCAGACCAGCCAUGUCUGCCCAGGAGAACAUUGCUUCCAAUGGCAACGACCUCGUUGGCUCCCUCGAUCAGCUCAAAAUCGAUGACGAGGUCAGACUUGGCCCCGACGGCGAGCCCGCGCCCCGCACCGACGAGGAGUAUGCCCAGGCACAGCUCACUUUGAGGGCCAUCGUUUCCUCCAAGGAGGCUGGCGUCAUCAUUGGCAAGGCGGGCAAGAACGUCGCCGACCUUCGCGACGAGACCGGUGUCAAGGCCGGCGUCAGCAAGGUGGUCCAGGGUGUCCAUGACCGCGUUCUCACUAUCACUGGUGGUUGCCAGUCCGUCUCUGAGGCCUACUCUAUCGUUGCCCGCGCCCUUCUUGAGGGAGCUCCCUCCCUGGGCAUGGGUGGCGUUGUCCAGAACAACGGCACUCACCCCAUCAAGCUCCUCAUCUCUCAUAACCAGAUGGGAACCAUCAUUGGCCGCCAGGGCUUGAAAAUUAAGCACAUCCAGGACGCCUCGGGUGUUCGCAUGGUUGCCCAGAAGGAGAUGCUCCCUCAGUCGACUGAGCGCAUCGUUGAGGUUCAGGGUACCCCCGAGGGCAUCAAGGGGGCCGUUUGGGAAAUCUGCAAGUGCCUCGUCGAUGAUUGGCAAAGGGGUACAGGAACUGUCCUGUACAACCCUGCCGUUCGCACGCAGCCCGGCACCACCUCGACCGCUGGCGGCUCGACCGCGACCUUCUCUUCUGGCGGUGGUCGCUCCAACGACUACUCCGCUCCGCGUGUCAUGCGCACGGGCAACGGUGCCGACUUCAGCACCAACAGCAACAGCAACAACGGUGGCGGCGGCGGUGGCGGCCGUCCUUAUGGUCGUCGUUCUGACUCGGACGCUGCUUCCCGCGGCCCUCCGACCCACGAUGAGAACGGCGAAGAGCUUCAAACGCAGAACAUUAGCAUUCCCGCUGACAUGGUUGGCUGCAUCAUCGGCCGUGCCGGCAGCAAGAUCUCGGAGAUCCGCAAGACCUCUGGCGCUCGCAUUUCCAUUGCCAAGGCUCCUCACGAUGACACUGGCGAGCGCAUGUUCACGAUCAUGGGAACUGCCAAGGCCAACGAGUCGGCUCUGUUCCUUCUCUACGAGAACCUCGAGGCGGAGAAGAUGCGCCGUCAGACUGCCACUUCGCCCGAGUAAAAAAAGUGACCAACUUUUCGCCCCUUCCACAGUUCGACAUCUAAUUUCAGACGCUGGACAUUGCAGACUUUGGCCGCAAGGCUUGAUAUCUGAGAUGAGGGGGUGUUAAUUCCACACUCCAUCUCUAGGACGGACGCGACAAAUCACUUUCUUCUUUGCUUUUUUCGAAAAUACCUGGGUCGACGGAUUACCCAGACGUGCGUGCAACAAUAUCGGUCACCAAGCUGGUCCUCAACUUUCGCUUUUUUAUCGUUGCGCACACAACGUUGCUUUUUUUUGGGAGGGUGGUCCUCCGGUCAACGUUUGGGCAGGCAAAAGAGAUCCCCGGGUCUACGGACAGGGAUUCUUGUAUUCAGCCUUCCGGAACUGAACAUACGGCACGACUUAUGAUUACUUCACGCGGAUACCUCUUUGAAGCAGAGUUGCAGCUUCGGAGCACUAUUAAUGACAUCGGCCUUCAACUCACUCCACAUCCUCCUCUCGAAAGUCACCCUACCCCUACACUCCGAACGAUCCGAAAAUACCUUUAGUGGCCUGCCUACAUAUUUCUGCUGGUCUUGGGUUAUGGAAGUCUUGCUUCCGGUAUUGGCUCUCCAAUGCCAGGUGGAUUCUAGAUAGUACGCUUAACCCAUAGCUAGGCAGACAAUCCUGUUUGAGCAAGGCCGCUCAGAAAAACAGUCGCCCCAACGCCCUUGAUGUGACUGAUGUGUAUGCUUCCUGUGAAUCUGGUC